GCCUGUUUCCUGACUUGAUUUCCUGGGGUAUACUCUGACUUGAAGCCUCGCCAUAUUGCUCGAUAAAUAUUUUGAAAUGAUCUUCUGAAGCAGGGGCUAUGGCAUUUGUUAUUCGGACGUCUGCUCUUUUAUUGGUGGUUAUAUUGAUACAUAUAUACACAGUUACAGCAAAGCUGCCAGUACCACAAAAUGUAAAAAUCCAAGGUGUGAACACUCGGUACAUCUUGAAAUGGGAUUGGGCGUGGCACCAGUCGCAGGCUAACAGGAGCAUCAGAUUCACUGCUGAAUACCUACAGAGUAAUAAAUAUGAAAUGAAAGGUAAAAAGGAAUGGCAAAGGGCGUGUUACAAUAUCCCAGGAAUACAGUGUGACAUUUCAGAGAAGAUUGACUACAAUGGAAUGUACAAUCUCCGCCUAAGAGCGAAAAGUGGACGGGAAACUUCCCCCUGGGUCAACAGGAAGUUCUGUGCAGAGGAAGAUGCUGACCUUGGUCCUCCAUCCAAAAUCAAUGUCACAUCCAAAAAAGGAAAGCUGGAAAUAAAUAUAGCAGAUCCAAUGGCCUCUGAAAACAAGUCAAUGCGCGAUAUUCAGGAAAUGUACUUUUUGAUAGUUUAUUGGAAAAAUACACCUGGUGCAAAGAGCUUAAGCCUUAAUGAAAGCAAAAAUGUGGCUGUACUUAAGGGUCUUAAACCUUGGACGGUGUACUGUGUGCAGGUUCAGUGCGUUGAGGAUAAGCAUGAAAAGAAAAGCCUUUUCAGCCCUGUGGUAUGUGCCCAAACAACAGAUGAUGGCCACACUCCAUUGUGGCUGAUCACCUUAAUCUUCUUUUUGACACUGGCGCUGAACUUUGGAGGUAUUCUGCUCUGCUCCUUCAUUGUGUUCCAGACCUACAGAGUUAUCAAAUACACAUUCUUCCCUUUCUACCAGCUUCCUGCCAACAUACAAGAGUGUCUGAAUGAGUUCACCCCGAGGGCCCAGUACCCCGUGCUGCUCUCAAAAGACAAAGAGAUGGAGCUUCGCUGUGAGAAGGUGGACAUUGUUUCCAAAGAGACCCAAGAACACUGUCCUUUUAGCGAGACGGCUUUGGAGAUGGACCCUGUCAAUCACUGCCAACAAAAUAGCGGAGACUAGGGAGUUUGCUCCAGUGAUGAUGGGGGGGAGGGGGUUGUUGGUACAGGAGCACCGCCAGAGACUGCUGGAGAAGAAUGAGGCCUUUGUGGACCAUUUUCUAAAAAAAAAAAAAAAAAAAAACUACUAUGGGUUACCCCGGGAAUAAUAGCACAAAUAAAGAUAGUGGCCAAAAAUGAUUGCACAAUUUAUUUGUCUUUUUUUUUUUUUUUUAAUAAAUAGAAAGCAGAAA